CCUGAGUUUCGCAGACUUAUGGAAAAUUUAUGUUCUUGAGCGUGUGUGAACACACAGCUCAGGCAAACGGGAAUCCAAACAGCAAUCCUUGAGGUGUCUUCAGGAUGAAUAUAAUAUUCAGAGUCACUGAGUGCUUCUCUUCCUCCUCCGGUCUCACCUCCCUCGGCUCGCAGCAUUCCCCACAGCUGGUGCUGGAAACCGCGAACUGCUCGCGAGUGCGGGCGGGGGCGGCCGAGGGGCCGGAGCCGGAGGCGGUGGAGAUGAGGCGAGUCUGAGCAACGAGCGCAGCGCCGGCGCCGAGCUCAGCCUGGAAGACAGGCUUCCCGGACCUGUCGAGUCAGACCUCACGUGCACACCAGGAGAUCGAAGCAAGGCCACCUAACCAGCCGCGACCUCCGAGCGCCGCGCAGAUGUGCGGGGAGCGGAAGGAGGUCGAAACCAGAGGGAGGGAGGAGGAAAUAGAGCGUGAGUGACAAUCAGACCUGAAUGAGAAUGAAUGGGAGCAGAUGAUGUGGCCCCCUCGCCCUGGGCACCCUCCGCCACGUGCUCACGCCCCCAGCGACCGCUCCCGGGGAGGCCUCUGAAGCCGCCGCAGGAAAAGACGACGGAGGAAUACAGAGCCUCAAGUUGGAGAGAACUCAGACCCGGCUACCACUUCCCCUGCUUUCUGAACUUUUCCUCUUGGUCUCCUGGGCUGGAGUGAGUCUUACCACCACCCCCGCCCCUGGCCGCGGUUCGUUCCCCCCAGAGUCAUCCUGUCUCUCCCCCCCGCCCCCCAGAUCCCCUACCUCUCCCUCCCCGCCCGCUCCAUCCCUCGGUAGCGAAGCAUUGAAUCCGUACACCUCCUGGGCAGGGAAUCUCCGGCAUAAACUUAGUAGGGGUCGGGGCGGGGGGUGGGGGCGGGGGCGGGGGGCGUGAGUCCGGGAAGGGGUUCGGCGCCCGGCAGGGUGCCCCGGGACUGUCCCCGCCUAGACCACGUCUGAGCUUCCCCCCACCUCCGGCGCGACCCUUCAGCCCCGGCGCCCGGGCCCCCGAGCGCCGCGAUCGCACACUCGCUGCGCCCUAGCGGCCACAGGCGGAACGAGCACAGGGGGUGGAGAGUGGAAGGGUGCGCGGGCGGGAGGCACCCCCCUCGGGAGUCAGGGAAAUCCCGGCUGCCACCAGGGGCCGUGCCACCACCCUCGCCGGACCGAGGCUUCCGGCGCGCCCCCCAACUAUGUGGCGCCCUCACACAGCGGCGGCGGGGAUGGAGCUGCCUCCCCGAGGGCGGGCGCCGCCGGACUCGCCGCUGGACAGCUGCUCCCUGACCUCGCUGGACUCCAGCGUUUUCUGCAGCGAGGGUGAAGGGGAGCCCCUGGCGCUGGGGGACUGCUUCACGGUCAACGUGGGCGGCAGCCGCUUCGUGCUCUCGCAGCAGGCGCUGUCCUGCUUCCCGCACACGCGCCUUGGCAAGCUGGCGGUGGUGGUGGCCUCGUGCCGCCGCCCCGGGGCCCUGACCGCCGUGCCCAGCCCCCUGGAGUUCUGCGAUGAUGCCAACCCCGUGGACAACGAGUACUUCUUCGACCGCAGCUCGCAAGCAUUCCGCUACGUCUUGCACUACUACCGCACCGGCCGCCUGCACGUCAUGGAGCAGCUGUGCGCGCUCUCCUUCCUUCAGGAGAUCCAGUACUGGGGCAUCGACGAGCUCAGCAUCGACUCCUGCUGCAGGGACAGAUACUUCAGAAGAAAGGAGCUGAGUGAAACGUUAGACUUUAAGAAGGACACAGAAGACCAGGAAAGUCAACAUGAGAGUGAACAGGACUUCUCCCAAGGACCUUGUCCCACUGUCCGGCAGAAGCUCUGGAACAUCCUGGAGAAACCUGGAUCUUCCACAGCUGCUCGAAUCUUUGGGGUCAUCUCCAUCAUCUUUGUGGUGGUGUCCAUCGUCAACAUGGCCCUGAUGUCAGCUGAAUUAAGCUGGCUGGACCUGCAGCUGCUGGAAAUCCUGGAGUACGUGUGUAUUAGCUGGUUCACCGGGGAGUUUGUCCUCCGCUUCCUGUGCGUGCGGGACAGGUGCCGCUUCCUGAGAAAGGUGCCGAACAUCAUAGACCUCCUAGCCAUCCUGCCCUUCUACAUCACGCUUCUGGUAGAGAGCCUGAGUGGGAGCCAGACGACACAGGAGCUGGAAAAUGUGGGACGCAUUGUGCAGGUGUUGAGGCUGCUCAGGGCUCUACGCAUGCUAAAGCUGGGCAGACAUUCCACAGGAUUACGCUCCCUCGGGAUGACAAUCACCCAGUGUUACGAAGAAGUCGGCCUACUGCUCCUAUUUCUGUCUGUGGGAAUUUCUAUAUUUUCAACUGUGGAAUAUUUUGCUGAGCAAAGCAUUCCUGACACAACCUUCACAAGUGUCCCUUGUGCAUGGUGGUGGGCUACAACAUCCAUGACCACCGUGGGCUACGGGGACAUUAGACCAGACACCACCACGGGCAAAAUCGUGGCCUUCAUGUGUAUAUUAUCAGGAAUCCUUGUCUUGGCCUUGCCUAUCGCCAUUAUUAACGACCGCUUCUCCGCUUGCUACUUCACCUUAAAGCUGAAGGAAGCAGCCGUCAGACAGCGGGAAGCUCUGAAGAAACUCACCAAGAAUAUAGCCACCGAUUCCUAUAUCAGCGUUAACUUGAGGGAUGUCUAUGCCCGGAGCAUCAUGGAGAUGCUUCGGUUAAAAGGCAGAGAAAGGGCAAGUACUAGGAGCAGUGGGGGCGAUGAUUUCUGGUUUUGAAUUACUUUCCAUUUAUGUACAAAAGCUUGUGUACAACUAAACCCAACUGAUAAAGUCUUGAUAUGGAUGUCUGUGUACUGUUGAAGAGUCUCUUUUGAGUAUCACCCGUGUUAGUUUUUACUGAUGCAUUGCUUGGUCUGCUAGAAUAGUUCAGGUCCCCCAAACCAAGUGCACACUGAGUCUCACCACUAGUCAUUUAACACAACCCAAUACAAGGAGGCCAAAUGUUUGAAUCGUCAACUAGAAAAUAAGAGUGCAAUACAAACCACAAAGUUUAAAGCUUACGUAUCACUGAUUUUAGAAGUUCUUUGCAUCACUAAUUUAAGAGAAUGGGAGUUAAGCUGCAUAGCCCAGAGCAAAAAUAAGUGAAUAUUUAGGAACAUCCUGAAUGACUUGGCUAUUUAAAGACCUUCUCCAAGUAAAUAAAUCAGUCCUUUCUCCAUCAGUUAAAGCUGUUAAAUACAACAAUUCUCUUUGCAAGCAAAAAUCCCCAUUUGACGGCCAUAGAUGGUGACCCUGUCUUCUCUCUGGUGCAAACCCCUGGUCACAGAGGGACUAAGUUCUGAUUCCCAUUGUUACCAUCUGAGGUGGGAACCCCCAAAUUGCUUAGCCAACAGCAGAAGAGGCUUUAUAGAGACUUCGAGAACUGUGCCUUCUCAUCCUCCCCACUGAUUGCAUUUCUGUAGCCUACGGCAGGCGUCUUCCGCAUCCCUGGGAAAUCAGAGGGUCUUCAAAAAUCUCUUUAUUGAUGUGGUGUUCAAAUUGUCUUUAAAAUCACAAAUAUAAAAAUGUGAAGUAGUGAACAUCCUAAAUAUAGAUACUGAAAUUAUUACAUAGUCUUAUUUCAUAAAAUGAGAAUGAUAUGUUGACUGAUACCAUCGGUUGAACUGGAAGAUGUUUUAUUUUUUAACAAAAAAUAUCAUAGCUCUCUGAGUGCUGGGGCAUACAGCAAAUGUUCAGACUGCACCCGUGAUAAUGAUAGAAUUCAUGGACAUUCUGUUGUAUGAUUAAAACCCAAAGUUCUACACCUAAGAAUUAGUUUAUGAUUCCCAAUAGUCUAGUGGAGGAGAUUUUAAAAACUAAUACCUGCAUUUUCAGUGUGUUUAAUAGUGCCUCCAAGGGGAUGAAAUUGGUUCUUGGGGGCAAAAAUAUCAGUCCCUUUAUUCCUAAAACAGAUAUAUACAUGCAGUACACGAAUAGAUUAUAUAGAGUAUAACUAUGGUGUUAAAAUCUCGUGAGGUGGAAAAUUAGAGGAAAAAAAUGCCUUGGAGGCUCUUUGCCAGGGUUAGAUGGUGCUAAGAAAUACACAUUGAGAAAUACUGCUUUAAUAUAUGGCUAUACCAUAGUUCACCAAGUCUAUUUAAAACAGCCUAUUGUAUUAUGAACCACAAAAAAACAGGGAAGGGAGGAAAGAGGGAAGGAAAGAAGGAAGAAAGGGAGGGGGAAGGAAAGAAGGGGAAGGGAGGGAGGAAAGGGGAGAGAAGCCAUUCCAUUAUAAGAGGCCGUCGAUUAUAAAAUGCAUCCAGAUUUUGGAUAUGUAAAAAUUUUAAAUAUGCAUCUUAAAUCAAUAAAAUAUCAUAUAUACUACCUCCGGUUUUCUGGUAUGCAUGCUUAAGCGCUGAAAACAUUUUCAGUGAUGUCAUGAGUUUCAGAUUGUAUGCUAAAACAUUUUAAUCCACUUGGCUUAUUUCCACUUCUCCCAAAUAUUAUGAAAGAUUUAAGAGAUAUGAAUGGUAAUAAAAUAAAUAUUUUCCCUCUUACACAAUUCACAGGUGCUGGAGUAUAGCAUAGGGCCACUAAUUCUAGUAUAAAUUCCAUCCAUAGUCUAAAGAUGAAACAGAAGUUAGGUAUAGAAGCCAAACUUUCUGUGGCUUCUCUGGAACUCUCCCCAUUAAGAAUAGUUGCUCUGAUCCAGGUUUGUGUUCUAUAUUCAUUGUGUAUGAUGUUAUUAAUCCCAAAAUAUCCCUAUUAAACAAUUAUUAUUAUGCUGGUAUAAGUAUUAGUUUAUUAUAUUUAUUCAUUCAACAAAUAUUUAUUUAGGACCCAUCUGUGGGCUGGGCACUGGAGAUUCUUAAACCAGACUAAGUCCUAUUCUCUUAUAUUUAAUAUUCUAUCUGAGGGUUUGAGGCGAACACAGAUGGU